UCUCUCUCUCUCUCUUUUCUGUGCUUCAAUGGCCUCAUAGCAUUUUUUUUUUUUUUCCCCUGGCUCCUCUUGUUCUUCUCCUUUACUCUCUCUCUCUCCUUGUAGCCUAAGGUUCGCAUGUCUCUGCUGCGAGGAGCAGAGGGAGAGAGGAGCACCCUCGCCAAACGGCUCCUUUUUGUAAGAGUUGAUGAUGAUUCUGUAACGUGCUCUUUUAUUUCUCUCCACUGAUUGUUGAUUGAUUCUUCUGGCUCUGAGAUUCUGAGAGAGCAUGUAUCAAAGCUUCACCAUCUUCUCUUCCCCUUUGAAUCAAAUUUAUAGUCUCUAGACUCUUCUGUUUCUUCCGUGAGUGUGCCCGAUUGUGUUAUUAAUCACUGAAGGGUAAUCCGCCCAGCAUGUAAAGUUUGUUGCUUUUUCCGGUGCAUGUUCUUCUGGGGAACCAUCUGUUUGGAAUUAUGAUAGUUGAGAUUCAGUUCCAGCCAUCUCGAUAGCCGAAACUAGGUCCAGUAGAAGAUAACGUUCUAAAUUCUACUGUUUGUAUUUGUUCUCGAGGCACAAAGCUAGAAGGUGAAAAGGUUUGUUAAGUGGAAAUAGUGCAAUACAAUAGCAGUACCUGUCCGAAGUACUGAAUUACUGAUAGCAGCGUUUUGGUGAGUUCCCACAGUCUCCCAUCAAAGAAAAUGAAGGUUCCUGAGAACAAUGGCAAGGGUUCCAGUGAUGAAUUGCCUCAGGAUGCAGAUUAUGACAACGUUCCGAGCCUUAGCGACGAGCUAGAAAACGUGGUCUUUGCCAGAUUUCCAAGAGCAGAGUACUGGAAAUUGUGCUGUCUAAGCAAGAGGUUCUUGAGUCUGAUUAAAGGUGGUGAAAUCUUCAAGAUGAGGAAACGGAUAGGAUUCAAAGAGCCAUCGGUGUUCAUGCUGGCGAGUGGAGACACCAACUGGUGGACCUUUGACAAGAAUUUCGAGUCCCGCAGGAAGCUCCCUGUCAUUCCAUCAGAUUACAAUUUCGAGUACGGAGACAAAGAGUCAUUUUCUGCAGGGACCCAUCUUUUCGUUUCUGGGAAGGAAAUCGACGGAGCUGUUGUCUGGCGAUACGAGUUAGCAGCAAACCAGUGGUUCAAGGGUCCUUUCAUGAUCACCCCAAGGUGUCUUUUUGCCUCGGCCACCUGUGGCAACUUUGCUUUCAUAGCAGGCGGUCUUGAAACAGAGACCUGUAAGACAGUCCUGAAUUCUGCAGAGAAAUACAAUGCAGAGACCAAGUCCUGGGAACGCCUCCCUAAUAUGAUCCGAAGGAGGAAACUCUGCUCUGGUUGUUGCAUGGACAACAGGUUCUAUGUGAUUGGAGGACUGGAUGAGAAACACAAGGAGCUCAAGUGUGGAGAGUUCUUUGAUCAGGAGACAAGAAAAUGGACGCUGAUUCCGAACAUGCUGAAAGAUAUUCCUCUGUCGAUUUCACAGUCUCCACCUCUUAUUGCUGUUGCCAAUAACGAGCUUUACUCGCUGGAUGCUUGUUCCAAUGUGCUCAAGGUGUACGAGAAGGAAUGCAACUCGUGGAAGAAGCUGGGACCAGUUCCGGUGAGAGCUGAUGCACAGAAAGGAUGGGGCGUGGCGUUCAAGUCUCUGGGUAACGAGCUGCUUGUGAUUGGUGCAACCUCUGUGUCUUCUUCCGAGCGAGCCCUGACUAUAUACACUUGCUGCCCUGAUCCAGCUAUGGAGGAACUUGAGUGGAGGAAGAUCAAGUAUGGCGGCGGCACCAAGCUUAACCCCUUUAUUCGUAAUUGUGCUGUCAUGGUAGCUUGAAGUUUGAUUUGUUAUGUAAUAAGCAGAGUCAGUCUCUCUUUCACAGGUUCAUCCCGCGUCGUCUUUACAUCAGAGCCUUCUGCUCCUUGCAUCUCUCUAGGGAGGUGUCGCUUUCUGAAACUACCUGGACAAGAAAGACUCCGUGUUAAGGAUCUUUUAUUUUCUUUUGUUUUGUUUUGUUUUUGUUUUUUGUUUUGGUUGAAAACUUGAAAUGUUAAGGAUGCUUCCUUUUAUCGUCGACUCUGCAAAACAGUGAAACUGACAUAGUAUCCAUUGGUGGAAUUUGGAGGAAAAAAACCUGUCAAUGGUCUUAAAAUUGCUA